AUGACGCGCAACACACCAAGGGCUGGAGGAGCCGCCCAUCCACAGGCCAAUACUCCUUCAACGGACUCCAAAGCGAAGAACGUGUUGAUACUCAUCGCUGAUGAUCUCGGUCUGGAUUAUUUAAGCAGCUACGGCUGCAAGUCAUUGAAGACACCCAACAUUGACAAGCUCGCCGCCGCCGGAAGCAAGUUUACGAAUGCCUUUGCUUCAACAGCAUCCUGCAGUGGGAGCCGAAGCAACAUCUACAGUGGAUUACAUACCCAUGAGAAUGGCCAAUACGGUCUAAACCAGCAGAAGACACACUUCCAAACAUUCCAAUACAUCAACACCGUACCGAAGCUGUUCAACGCCUCUGGCUUCCAGACCGGCAUAAUCGGUAAAGUGCACGUCGGCACCGACGAGGCGUAUCCAUGGCAGGUCAAGGAGGAGAGUGGGACGAGAGAUGUAGCGUACAUUGCUGAUCGUUGCGACGCCUUCUUCCAAAAGGCCAAGGACGAUGGGAAGCCUUUCCAUCUGUCUGUCGGAUUCAUUGACCCUCACCGGGACAUUCGGACUCGUGGAGGCUUUGGCAAUUCUCGAGACCAGUACGGUCAUCGUAUCGAUGUUCCUCACUUCGAGGCAGAUGAGGUCGAGAUCCCGGAGUGGAUCAGUGACUUGCCCAAGACACGACAAGAGUUCGUCGAGUACUAUCGUGCUAUAUGUCGCGUGGAUAUCGGAAUCGGUCGCAUCAUGGAAGCGCUGGAGCGCCAGGGCAUAGCAGAUGAGACCCUGGUCAUCUUUACGUCGGACAAUGGACCGCCUUUCCUCAAUUCCAAGACCACGCUGUAUGACUCCGGCGUCCAUCUCCCCUUGAUCAUACGCAAACCCAAUGCUCAAGGCGGCAUCACGAACCCGCAAAUGGUGUCCUUCAUCGACCUCCUGCCUACAACGCUCGACUGGGCCGGCAUUGAUCUCGACUACAGCCCCGGCUGGAACUUCAAGAGCCCACCUCGUCGUGGCAGCUCCCUUCUACCAAUCCUAGAGACCUCCGAGCUCCUCCCAGAAGACCAAUGGCAACACCACAUUUUCGGUUCCCACACCUUCCACGAGAACCAGAACUACUGGCCCACUCGCUUCAUGCGCACGCGCAGGUACAAGUACCACCGCAACGUCGCGUGGCGGCUCGACUUCCCGUUCGCAGGCGACCUGUACGCAAGCUUGAGCUUCGAAGCGAUGCGGAAUCAGAAGAAACCCGUCAUGAUUGGCAACAGAACUCUGAAGGAUUACAUUUUCCGUCCACCGGAGGAGUUGUACGAUCUUGAGAAGGAUCCGCAGGAAUUGCAUAACCUAGCUUCAGGUGAGGCGCACAAGGAGAUCUUACUUGAUAUGCGUGAGAAGCUGUCUUUGUGGCAGAAGGAGACGAAGGACCUGUGGCUUUACCGUGACGGGCAGUCCAUUACGAUGUUGACAAGGUAUGCGAAUGAUGGGCUCGAGGUGCCGGAUCGGCUGGACUUUGAUGUUGAGGAGCCGGGGACGAUGGGGGUGCCGAAGACGGACUUACUUACGGGUUGA